GCAUAGCCUACUUUCUGGGAAUGAUCCUGACGUUUGCAGUGAUGCUGCUGUCUGGGAUGGGACAGCCCGCCUUACUCUACCUGGUGCCCUUCACCCUGAUCACCUGCGCCGUGGUGGCUGCCUGCCGGGGAGAGAUGAGGCAGUUCUGGGCAGGAACCACCUAUGAGAUUAAAGAAAAGCAUCUAACCAGUUUCCCAGGCCAGCCCCGAGAGUUUGCUGCUUCAUUUUUGCAGACUUCGUGCAGGUCAGGCUUUUCUUGGUUUAAAGGUCCCAUGUAAUGCUUUUCCGGUUAUUACCACCCCCUUGUGUUAUGCAGCUUCUUCUGCAUGUAAACGGUCUGCAGAGUCACAAACCCUCAAAGUACACCCUGUAGCGAGUAAAACUCUAACAGGAAAAGUGCACCCUUACAAUGCCAGUUAGAUAACCUGCGUUACUUCCAGUUGACAUAGCAACUGUGUUGUCAUGCAGGGAAAACUGAGAGGUAGCCAGUCUCACCAGAGCAGAUGAGGCUCUGUAAAGAGAAAGUAAAAACUGCAUCAAGGGAAAUUACUCCGGGCCGUUUUCCCUUUUACUUUCCUGCUUCAUGUCUUAAUGUUGAAGAUUAUGUGAACUACGUUCAAAUCUUAGACUUUUUUAAUGCUUGAUCUACAGCCGAAACAGAGAUAUGUUUAAUGUUAAGAGAAAGUGAAAUAUAAUCAGCAGUUUUGAAUGUAAAGUGUGAUUUCAGUUUUUGAUCACGAGGCUUUAGGAUGUGUCAUCAUCAAUCAGCUCUCUGCAACCAGAGGUCCUGAGCAAACACUACAGUAUCACUCUGCUGUCAUUGCACUUCAUUCAGGCUUUAGAAAUCGCUGUGAGUCAACCACCUGAAGUGUAUUGACCUACUCUACUAGAUAUUGUGCUGUCUUUGAAGAACUGAAUGUACAGAAAUAGAAAGACUUCUGUUAUUCACAUGUUCUUAACCUGACAUGUGUGUUGACGUUACAUCCAGUCUCACACUCACUAUUGUGUAUAAGCGCUUUGAGCACCAGGAAAAGCGCUAUUACGAUGGCCGGACAGGCAAACAAUUACAUGAAAUCAUUGGAAAUCGAUGAGCGAGCUCGAAAUAUGGUUCAAUAUAGCAGUAGGUGAUCGAUGUCCAUAGAUGAGAGUAACAUCUACGUCACUUCAGGGUGAAAAUUAGGGCCCCGCCCACUUUUGGGGG